AGUUUGCGCGGGAGGCGACACUGCUGCCACGCCGCAUCGAGCGUGGCAACUGCUAGUCGGAGCCAGGCCAGGCACUCCUUCACCGCUCACACAGUUUGCGCGGGAGGCGACACUGCUGCCACGCCGCGGCGAGCGAGGCAACUGCUAGGAGGAGGCGGGAGAAUGCUCGCCGCUCCGCAGUAGGCGCCUGGCUGGUGUCGCGAGUGGUCGUGUGGUGCGACAGUGAGAGUGUGUAGACGCGGUCAUGACGGAAGUGGAGGUCCGCCCCCCGGACGCACCUCUUGGUUCGGAGACGCCGACACAAAGGAGCGCAGGUGACUUGGACAGGGAUGUGGAUGAUUCACCUCCAAGAGAAGCUCCGAGCACGAACGGCCACAUCGGCUCGCCGCAGAAGUCUCCCUCGAAGAUCCCGGCCAGGCGGGGUGCGGAGUCGCCCGCCAAGAGCAGCCCCUCUUCCUCCAGGUCCACGCGCCCUGCGCCCGAGCCUGGCGACAAGAAGAAAGUGCCCAUGAACAAGGUACAGUUGGGGGGCGCUCCGUCGCCCAACCUGAAGACAGUGCGCUCCAAGAUCGGGUCGCUCGAGAAUACCAGCUAUAAACCAGGAGGCGGCAAUGUGAAGAUAGAGCAUCGCAAGCUCGACUUCAGCAAGACCCAACCCAAGAUAGCUGCCAAGAACGAUGCCUACGUUCCUGGUGGCGGCGACAAAAAGAUCACCCAGGUGAAGCUGCAGUGGAACGCCAAGCCCAAGGUGGGCUCCCUGGACAACGCCACCCACAAGCCUGGAGGCGGAGACAAGAAGAUAGAGUCCGUCAAGCUGGACUUCAAGGACAAGGCUAAGCCUAAGAUCGGUUCUAAAGAAAACGUCAAGUACCAGCCGGGAGGAGGUGCCGUCAAGAACUCAAUCUCAGCUGAGGAAGGAAUGUCUGCUGAUAUCGAGGACCAGAAACUGGACGUGAAGGCUAACAGCAAGGUGGGGUCUCUCGCCAACGUGAAGCACAAGCCAGGCGGUGGCGAGAGGAAGAUAUUUGACGAUAAGGACUACCUGAAGCAGACCAAGAGCAGCAGCAGCGUGGCGAGCUCUGAAGGCCAAGCUUCUGGUGCACAGUCGCCGGAGCCAGGACAGCGACCAGCCGAGUCACUCGAGAGUUAGUGGAGCCGCCUCCAGCCUCGAGCCUCUACACGUCCCUGCGCACGACACACACUCACAAGCAGUCAGGCACGAGCGUGCGCUCAGAGCAUGCACGUACCUAGGAGCGGAACUGCAAGUGACAUAACUCACUGCACUUGGUUACAUAGCCGCGCGUGUAGCUCGCUAGACCAUCACACUUCAGUUUCGCUUCUGGUACGUACAUAUUCUGUGUUCACAUAUACAAGUUUGUGUCAAAUGCGGCGAGAAUCAAACUCAUAAAUAUUAUUUCUACUUAUAUAUUUAUCCAUUCAACAAACCAUUUGUAUAUACAAAUUUAUCGCUGUUUUAAUUGUUUACAUAUUUUCCUCUUUAAUGUUGCUAAGCUUGUUAAUGUAUUCUAAUUUGUCUAGAGGAUUUAGAAAUGAAUAUUAUUUAUUAGCUUGUUUUCAUUUCAUAUAUAUAUGUUAAAGUUAUGUUAGGCAUGAGUGAAUGUAUUUAACAUUUUGGAGGUAAAUAUUUUUUUACGUGUGUGUAUCUUACAAUUUUGUGAAAACAUUUAUAUUUUUAUUUGAAGUGUUUGUAAUUAUUUCUUUGCACAUUUUGCCAUUAUAUCAAAGACUGUUGUGGCUUACCCUCAAAAUUUGUGUACUAAUACCUAACGUGUAAAUGGUAGUUGUAAAAACCACUUAAAUUUUACGUUAUAUAAGAACACUAAGUUUAUAUUAUUUUUUGGAAAGAAAUUAAAAUUAUGCAUUAGUUAUUAAACAAUUAUUUAAAAAAAAUUCAUAUAUAAGUUUAUUCCUUAUUAUCACUCUAGUUUCAGAAUGCAAACACACAUAACAAUAGUUUUAUAUUGACAUUGUUUUAAUGUUUAAAUAUUGAAUAUAUAUACCAAACUAUUAUUUAUUUUGUUAAUUCAUUAUGGUUUUAAUAAACUAUGAAUGAGUGUCUCCUUGUAA